UGCGCAACACUGCCGCCCAUCCUUUUGCUGAUAGGGACUAGCUCCGCGUUUACAUUGCAAUGGAGAUAUAUGUAGUUUUAUUUUAGUCAUGUAAACGAAUAGAUUACUUUAAAAUUGUAAAAAGUAUAUAUUUAACUUAUUGAGAGUGAUAAAGAGGACACAAGGAUCCACUAUAGAGCAUAAGAAGUAUUUUCUAAGAUGGGGCCUUGCACCUUGCCAUGCUCUCGAGAAACCCGGAGUCGCUGACUGCACUGAUUAUUCACCAAAUUAUUGUUAUUUAGGAUAAAUAUCUUUCAUAAAUUGUGGAACGUGAUAAUUCCACAAUAUAUCUUAGAAUAGAAACUAGAAAGUUAUAGGGGCUAUCAUAAAGCCACAUGCAGGAUACUGGACUCGAAAAAUUAAAGCAUUGUGCCUAUUAGGGAAGUGAGCCGUUUUAUGUUGUUGAGUCUGUACCUUGGGGGUUUGACCAGAUAUCUCAUCAUUUACACUACCAAGAUAACCAGAUUUCGGAUGAUAUCUUUUAAUCUUGACAAUGCCUCCAAUUGACCCACACCAGUUGCUGAAGGCUCUUAGUUCCCUUCUGACUCAAAGUGGGGCAAUAAAGGGUCCUACAGAGUCCACUCGAAUAUGCAGUCUAAUGCGAGAUGUUACAAAGCUAGCCAGUAAAUGCGUGUACAUCAAUAUCCUGAGGGCCACAGAUACUCUAGAUGUCUUGGAGAAGUUUAUAGAAGUUGGAGGAUGGGAUAUCCUCAAUGUGUGGUUGGAGGACAGUAAAAACACUGAGAACACGCCCAUCCUGGUAGAGCUUCUCAAAGUAUACCAUCAACUCCCCAUCACUGUUGACCUCCUCAAGAAAAAUGGUGCUGCCAAGACCAUCAAACAGUUCCGCAAGUCAGAGGACGAAAUGUUGAAGACUUUGUCAUCAGAUAUUGUUGAGAAAUGGAUGAACAAAAUUCGAGAAAACAGUAAUAAGGACGCUGGGGAAGCUAAUGAUAAAGAUAAAAUGAGGAAAAAAAAGAAGAGUGAUAAAAAAGAGAAAGACAGUGAAAAGGAGAAAGAUAAGGAGAAAGAUAAGCAUAAACAUGUGUCAUCAUCAUCCUCAUCAUCCUCAUCCUCAUCAUCAUCAACUCAGCACCAUCAUCACCACCACCGUAGUAAGGAGGAGAAGAAUGAGUCUAGUAAAAACAAAGACGAUAAAUCAGACUCUGUCAGCGUAGACAAUCUUAGUACAAACACUGCCACUGGCACUGUCACGCCAGGAAAUGGACUCAAAAUACACAUCAAACUAGAGCGCAAUGACAAAAAACCACCAGAGCCAAAGCGACCUUCCACUGUGAAACGACCUCCUGUCAAACCUCGUUCUAGUGGUGUGAUAGAGGACAGUGGACCUAUGCCACUACUGAAGAAGAAAAUGCCCUCUCAGACUGGACCAGAAAACCGGCCUGUAAUCAAAAGGCCAGGUUCUGACCAAAAGAUAAAAGAGGAACCACCGUGGAAGAAAUCUCGCCUCCAUGUUACAACUUCCUUGCCUUCCAGCUCUCCAACGGAAAAAUCACCAACGAUAGUGUCACCAGGAGACAUACAUAAUCAGAUUAAAUUCCCUUUCCAGAAACCAGUCAAGUCUGCGAUGCAUGAAGACAAUAGUUUUAUAAAUGACAUCAUAAGACCGGUAGGGAGGAUGAAGAGAAAACCUCGCCCUGGGGUCAACGGAACCACACCCACUAAACUCACCACUCCAACCACACCCACCACGCCCCCAUCACCUGUAUCGCCUACCACUGCCCUCAAGUCUAGUCUACCUUCAGUACCCUCUUUUUACAAGGAAACAUUGGAAACCAGUGAAACUAAUGGAACUAGUCCAACGCAGGAUAGAAGCCCAUCUCCUACAGAGAAGAUGGAUACCUCAGAAGCCAAAGAAGUCACAGACGAUAAUAUGGAGACCGACAACAAAGAAUCCAAUGUUGAAAAAGAGGCUGAAAAUAGUGAGAAUGCAGAGAAACCUGUUAUAGAUGACUUUGGUGAGAGUUUACUAUCAACUGAGACCACAACCAAGAAGAAGAAGAAGAGGCUGACUGUUUCGUGGGCAGAAGAAGGCAAACUUCACCAGUAUCAUUAUUUUGAAAUGGACGAAACGGAAAGAGAAAAUGUUAACAGACCCAAAGAGAAUUUUGAUGAGGCGAAGAAGCAUGAAAUGAUGAUGGACAGAAAGGUUGCAGAGUCGGCUAAAAGAUACACAAAGGACAAUAUGCAGGAAGCUAUUCCUUGGAGAUUCCCUUUCUUAAUAUCUGGUCUGCCCCCACCUCCGUCAGAGCGAGGUUGCCAGAGUCUGGAGAAGGAUGUACAGAAAGAGAGGGAAGGUGUGGUCUUACAGGCACUCUUCUUCAACAAGGAGAUGCUACCUGAUGGACCAAGUGAACCAGACUUGGAGUCCGUGGAACCCUCUGAUCCAAAGUUCAUUCCACUGGAAGAUGAGACAUCCGGAGGUGAUGAGUUCAUGUAUAGCUAUGACAAUCCCGGCCACAAGUCGGUCCCAGAGGUUCAGGUGGCUCCUUUCCAGCUGCCCCCAGAUGUGGCAAACAUGCUGGCCAACUUCCACCAACAGGCGGCCCAUGCACAGACACCAAUGGAUCCCAACAAUCCCGUGUUAGCAAAUGUCCAGAACCUUCUGACCUCCAUAUCGGGUGAAACAAAAGAUCCUAGUAAGGCUGAAGCAGCUUUGGAGCAGUUAAAGAGUGUUCUCAACAACCCAGGUGUGAUGCCAGAGAACACGGGUAUGGGGAUGCCUGGAGGGAUGAGUGGAAUGCCACCACGUCUAGGUCUACUGGGAAACGCCCCACCAGGCUUCCCUAUGGGGAUGGGAGGACCUCCAGGAGCUCCCAGAUUUCCACCCCCAGGACCAGGUAUGGGUGGACCAGGCAUGGGUGGGCCACCUUUAGGCCCAGGGGAUCGUGAUGAGUGGGGCGAGAACAUGAUUGGGGGCCCCCGUCCUGGCAUGAGGGGGCGAGGCCGGCCGGGCAUUCCAAUGAGAGGUGGCAGGAUGCCUGGACCACCUGGGGGACCAGAUUUUGGGCCAAUGGGACCAGAAUUUUGUGGACCAGAUAUACCACCUCCAGGAUAUAUGGGACCAAGAGGGGGCCCUAGAGGAAGGGGCAUGAGAGGAGGCCGAAUGAGAGGAGGUCGACCAGAUGUGCCCGUCUGUCGCCACUAUGCUGCCGGAGGUUGUAGAAGGGGAGCUACAUGUAUGUUCUUGCAUCCUGGCCCUCCUGUAUAGCAGCAGGGGAACUUAGUGUGUACAUAGGCUAUUUUCCAAUUAUUAAAUGAGUGCCUGCCAGGAGAUGUGAUAUGUGUGGAGACACCUGUCAGGAUAACAUGUGAUAUCAGUAAACAUGGACAGAAUGCCUGCUUGGAGCUAAAUGUGAUACAUGUAUGAGAAGAGAUAGAGUGCCUGCCAGAAAUCAAAUAUAUAUAUGUCAUGAAGCCAGGUUGUAGCAUGCAGACAAUAACAGUGUGAUCUCUACCUGUGACAAAUUCAUCAGUCAUUUGAUGUUAGACUGGCAGUGAUUAGUACAUAGUAUGCAAAUCCUGUGACUGUUGAAAUGACAGCGCUAAAAUAUGUAAUAUAAAUGCUGGGACUGUAUGGACUACUGACUAAUUGGUGCAUAGACUUGGAGGAACCUGAAAAGCCUGUCCCAGUAAAUGGUGGCUCAAUGUUUGCUAUCUAUGUUGUGGAUACAACUUUACCUGAAAAUUUGAAUUCACCAGCAGACACCUCUUAGGUCUGAGCCUCUGCAUGUGUUCAGGGUCACGCAAAGGAAGAUCAAAAUGAUCUUGAGGCAGUAGUGAAAUCAUCAAGAGAAACGUUUUAUUGUAUUCAUGUACAAGCCAAACAAUAUUGAAACAAUAUAAGUUCAUGUAUAAAUGGAUAUCUCAGGAAUGUAUAAAGAAAUGAUUUAUUGAAAUAGCCAAUGUUUUAAUGCUAUAAUCAUAGAAGAACAAAUAAAUAGUAUGUUACCAGUAUGUGAUAGAAGCUCAUGUAAAAACAUAGAAUGUACAGUUAGUGAAAGUCAUACAUCAAGCUUCCUGUUGAAUUAUUUGUCAGUCUGUGUCACUAUUGUACAGUAUAGCUAAUACUGGACAUCAAGCUUCCUGUUGAAUUAUUUGUCAGUCUAUGUCAGCUUAUUUGUACAGUAUAGCUAAUACUGGACAUCAACCUCCCGGAAAAUAAUGUGUCAGUCUUUGUCAGCUUAUUUGUACAGAAUAGCUAAUACUGGACAUCAAACUUCCUUUAAAAUUAUUUGUCAGUCUGUGUCAGCUUAUUUUUACAGUUUAGCUAAUACUGGACAUCAAACUUCCUAUAAAAUUAUUCGUCAGUCUGUGUCAGCUUAUUGUACAGGAUAGCUAAUACUGGACAUCAAACUUACUG